GCGCCCUUAUCACACAAUAUCAUCAUUUCUUGAAGAAAAGACACUUGUCUUAACGAACUAUUAUUGAACACGAAUUAAAUCUUAUCUUAUAUCAAGUUGUGUGCAUGACUUUGUUUCUAUUAUAGCUCUACACCCGAAGAUAACUUUUUGACUUUAAAAACCGCUUGUGGGGUCGACAUCUUAAGAAGUGAAAUUUAUAAAAAAACAACACAAUUGUAUGAAGUACAAGACAAUGCUUUAGAUGCUUUUUACCUUGGCCUAACACUGAACUAUAAAGAGAUCUUCACUUCAAAAGAAAUUAGCUUAAAAUGGAAAGAACCAGGCCCCAAAGAUCUACUGGGUGCCAUCGUGACUAACUUAAAUACAGAUUUCCUGAAGCCACUGCUGGAUAAAGAAACAGCAGAAAGCAACGAAGCGCUCAUUACAACACUAAACCAGAUUUAUGAAAAUAAAGAUUGCCUCUUUACGGACACUUUAUCGUCAGCGGAUAUUGAAAUAGAACCUGCUGAUAAUGGAAAAGGAGCUGGAUGUUUUCUGAAACUGUUUCUCGAACUUAUUCAGAAAAAUAAAUUGGAGGCAUCUUUGUACUACUGGAGUCGAGUGGACCACCCGAUUGUGGCGGCGUUACUUGCGCAGUACAUUUUGAAACAGAAACUGGAAACUGCACACACGCAAAAUAAAAAAGAAAAAUGUACAAAGUUUUUAAAAAUUUAUGAAGAUAUCGCUAUUGGCAUUUUAAAUUCCUGCUAUAACGAAGACAGGAAGAGAACUUGGUAUCUCCUGGUCAAAGAAAUUCCCGAGUUUAAUGAAUCCUGCAUUACCGUAGCCUUGAAGACUGAAAACAAACAGUUCUUGCAACAUCAAGCCUGUGCAGAAGUAAACAGUGUCAGCUGGUCGAAAUAUCUUGGCAAAGAUCUUGGGGCAAACCUUGAAAAAGAUUUGGAUUUUUUUUCACAAUUACAACCUGACAUCAGAGAGACUUUUCUUUCACCCAAAGGACGCUGUCGAAUGGAUAUGAUCGCCUACUUGCUGUUCUUAACGGCUUACUCUUUCCUCCUGGUCUCAACACUUCACCAGACAACGUUUCACUGGCUGGAGGCCGUGGUCAUUGUCUACUUAAUUAUCUUCUUCAUAAAAGAAUACGACCAGUGUUGCCAAGGAAUUAGUAAAAGUGCGAAGGAGUGUUGGUACUACAUUAGCGAUCCUUUCAACAUCUUGGACCUGCUGUCAAUAGGCAUCGCCAUCAUGGCCUGGUCUCUUCGCUUUGCGGCCUACGCCAACCCUGAAGAACAGAGAGUUAUGACUGCAGCUCGCUACCUGCUGUGCCUUAACUUCAUGCUCUACAUGUACCGUUUCCUGGAGUUCUUUUAUCAAAACAAAUUACUUGGACCGAUGCUAGUGGUCAUAAAAGACAUGGUCAACACCUAUAUCCAUUUCCUUUUGAUUCUUGCGAUCUUCUUCGUGUCCUACUGCGUUGUCUCGGAGAGCAUUCUGUACCCAGAGAAACAAAUAACAAAAACCAUCGUCUACAAUGUCUUUCGCAGAGGAUUCUGGGCCAUGAUGGGAGAAUAUUUUCUAGAGGAAGUCGAGCACUACUCAGAUAAUGCUUGUAUUGAUAAUCACCAAGCCAACAGCACUUGCCCAACCGCUGACGGGAGAUACACCAUUCCUAUACUGCUGGCAGGCUAUGUUCUAUUUGUUCAGAUACUGAUGUUCAAUUUACUAGUCGCCCUAUUCAACAAAGCUAUCACGGAAAACGAAACCAAAAGGGACAUGAUCUGGAUAUAUCAAAGAUUUAAGCUGACUAUGCAGUAUGCUGAGACCAAAAUUCUGUUACCUCCCUUUCUGCCUCUUGUCUUCUUCCUGGUAAGGAAAGUUGGCAAUCCUUUCAAAUCCAAAUUAGCUGAGAAAUCCAUUAAGCUAAAAGACUUAGAACAAAGUGCGGUACAGAUAUAUUAUUCUUUGUACAACAGAGACGGUUUUAAGGUUUCUAAUGACCAUACAACUAAAAAUGACAAGUCUAUGGAAACUAUGAUCAAACACAUCUUAGGCUUACUGCUAAAACAAAGCAAUACAAGUAAAUUACCUGAUCAGUUUGACGACACACAGAUUUGUGGACUUUUGGCUUCACCAAAUUUAUGUAGCAAUGAUCAGCCUAAGUCUGGUAGUUUAAAACGACAAGCCUUAAAUGUUGUUGUGGAAUCCAGUUCACUGCCUUGCGAUAACGACGCCAUUACGACGGACAUGACCUCGACAGCAUAAGCCAAGAAGUGCUUUUAUAAACAUUGAAGAAACUCAUUAAUGUGGGGAAGAUGAAAGCUUUUAAUGUCUUUUUUUAAAAGGACUUUAUAACUCACACCUUUUUGAAUGUUUUGGAAGUGAUUGGUUAUACGCGCUUCAAACUAAACUAUCGUUUUGAUAGUCCCGAGUUUGAAUCCCAUCUUUUAGCAUCCAGUAGUGAAGGAAGCACCCAUAACAAUCAAAGAAACUGAUACAUGUAGUGAAAUAAAAAUCUUGAUAUAUAUUCCAUUAUUGUGUUAUAACAUGAGGAUAACACAGACACAUGUUAACUAGUUAUUUUUAUUCUGUUCUUACAAUCUUUUAUUCAAGACAUUUACAACCAUAAUUAAAUCAGUUCAGAUUUCAUCAUUACUUAAAGCAACAAUGGUAGUGGUCAUGCAGACAUGUGCGUAAAGAUCCAUUUGUGACUUUUUAAAUAAUAUUUCAAAAUUGUAAGAAAACUCUCGUCUUGCUGUUUUUUUAUGUUAUCAUGACGCCGGGAGCCCUCUGUUGUUUGUGAACAACUUUGUAUUAAUUAAGUCAUUGUUAAUUAUAAUCAUUAAUAAUUUUGUCUACAUCUUUAAAGUUACUUUGACACAAGAACAAUCUAAAAUUCCCAGUAUCGAAAUUGAAAUCCUUUGUAUUAUUUUUAAUUGUUAACAGAUUUUUGUAUGAUUUCAGUUUGUUUUUAAUUCCGCUUUUAACCCUUAGAAUAAGAUCCACAAAAUAAAGUAUUAAAACUAUGAUUCUCUUUAUAGAUUAAAUAGGGGUAAUACCUCUCAAAGAAUGUUUAUUAAUGGUGAUGGCUAACGAGUAGAGAACUAUCAUAUCUAGCAAGAUUUAUUUGUAUAGAUAGACUGACAUUUCAAUAAAAAGAGUCUAGUUUUAAUUCUGACAGGAGUUUUCUGAGAAGUCUGGAUACAAGAAACUGUUUAUUUCUAGCCGGAGGUUACAAUGUAACUUAAUAAACUAUAAGUUACAGUAGCUACGCUGAGGAGGGUCAAUUGUAGUCAAACUGAAUGUCCAUUUGAUUCGACCAAUACAAAUUAUCUUAUCUUAUCUUAACUGUGAACUACGUCAUUGUACAUGUAACUAUGUAAGUAACUUUGACUCUAUUAUAGUCUACAUGAUUGUUUUUGAAAAGCGAGAUUUUUGUAUUUUAUGAUGGUCGAGAGAAACAGAUCGAGGUCGUACGAUAAAUGUAUACAUCUCUAUUUUAUACAUUGAUUUUUACUUGACUUUUUUAUGAGAAACUGAUAAUUUAAUAAGUCAUAUUCCAAUUUUCAUGUGCACAUGUAUUAUAUGAACUGUUAUCUUAUAUUGUUAUUGUAUGUAUGAAACAUGUUUUAUUGGUUAUUAUUCACUCUUUCAUAUGUGUUUAUAAUGUGUCUUUUUAUUGCAUACUUGUUGAAAAUGUUAUGAUCUUCCAUAAAAAGUUAAAUUAAAACAUUAAAAACGUUGUAUUUA